ACUACACCUUCACAUUUUAAACUUUGUAAACUAGAAACACAACAUGCCAAAUGAGUGUCAAAGUUGACCCCUGAACAAAAUUGGAGCCGCGAAGUGAUCAAAGAUAGCGGAUUGUCCUUAUGAUCAACAUCAGCUUAACAAGGGUGGCUAUGUAGUUCAAUUUUAUACUUGGUUCAAAUUUUAUUUUCCUUUGUUCUCGGUCAUGUUAAUGUAUGAUAAUGAGUUUGAAACAAAGGAAAUAAAUUUUGAACAAAGGAUAAAAUUGAACUACAACAGCUACACAGUUUCUGAAUUGUAUGAACCAUUUUUUGUUUGAAUAUCUCAUUUCACAAAAGGCGAUUUGUCGAUUUGUAUUUUGAAUAAAAUAGAUUAAGCGUUAUCCAAAAGACAGUUGGAUAAUUUGUUUUUUACAAACCAUUUAUUAUGCUUGUAUUUUUGGCGGUGACGGCCGCUCAUAAAAGGUCAACUCAUGCCACCUUUGAAGUACAUCUGUCGCACUCUGACAGACAUGUAAGGAAUCUCCGCGGCUUUUCUUUAAUUUUUCUAACGGUCGCCUGCUCCGCGCAAGUUAUAAUAUUGUCUAAAUGAGCGUCGUGUCUUACAUAGAUGGAUUGAUUGCAUGGUAAUUCAGUGCUAGUUAAUGUUACCUUCAGAAUCAGUAUGCUAAAUCUAGAACUGCAUUUCACAAAAGGCGACAUGUCGAUUUGUAUUUCGAAUAAAUCUCUUAAAAUAAGAUUAGCCGUUACCCAAAAAACGACUGAAUUAUUUCUGUUUUUUACGAACCAUUUGUUAUGCUUGUAUUUUUGGCGGUGACGGCCACCCAUAAAAGGUCAACGCUUACCACGUUUGAAGUACAUCUGUCGCAUUCUAACAGACAUAAAGAAUCUUCGCGGCUUUUCUUUACUUUUUCUAACGGUCGCCGGCUCCGCGUAAGUUAUAAUAUUGUCCAAAAGAGCGUCGUGUCUUACAUACAUGGAGAUGCAAAGAUAUACAUGGUAAUUGCUAGUGAAUGCUACCUUCAGAAUCAGUACGCUAAAUCUAGAACUGCAUUUACGUGUCCAGAGUUCUUACACAAAAAAAAUCAAGUAUCUUAGUCGAUAUCAAUACCUCGGGUAAACGAUAAAAUUUCAGACGACCAGUAUCUGUUUCAACGAGAGCUCGCGUGUGUCCAUAUCAACUCAGGAAAACGCUGAUAAACAAGAAAAUGAAUAAAGCAAUGCUAUGGUUUGUGACAGUGAUGUGAUCUUUCAACUUCGUAACUCUUCCAGAGGAUCGCGCAUCAUACGUAAAAUAGAAAAGUUAGGAAAGAAAUAACAAUGGCUUUGGCAAGUGACUCUAACAUUUAAAACUCGAUAUAAACUAUUUUUUUUUAACGGCUUCUCUUUUUUCGGCGACGACUUUUGAGUCAAUAUCAACCGAGUUCUUUGAUUGGCUUUAGAAGCGUAUAAACUAUAGAUGCAGCACUAAUAUUUUCAAGUGUGAGGCAUGUUUUUUUCAAUGGUAACGCUUGUAUAAAAGAUCCAUUCCCAACGAAAAACUAUCAAACGAGAGUAACCUAACCACCCUUCAAAGUUAACCUCUCCCUCAUUAAGGGCUGACUAAGAAAAGAGCGCCAAAAUGAACAAAGUUGUUCUCUUCGCACUGGGAGCAUGCUCCAUUGCUCUAUUUCUGCAGGCCGUCGUUUCAAAAACAUUCGACCCAGAGAAAGCGAAAGAUUUUGUGGCCGAGAAAGAAGUAUCAGCUAAUGCCUUCACUGGUAAAGGAUGGAAUCUUGAUUAUCUGAACGAUGACUAUAACUUUGACUUCGACGAAGAAGAAGAAGAAGAAGAAGAGGAAGAAGAGGAAGAGGACAAUUUUCCGGGAAGAUUUGUGCAGGAAGAUCCAAAACCAUUCUGGGGUCGCCAAAGGAGAGUCGGUGAUACGGGGAGGGGAUCGCGUAGGACUCGUAGAGUUUGAGUCGUACAACGCUGCGAAUAAUAACUUCGAUUUCGAGAAUCCCACACUCAUGGAUCACGAUCAUGAGAACUCUAAAGCCUUAAUUUCUUAGAGAAAGAGGAGCUAAAUAUCAAGCUACUGAUCUGAAGUGUUUCAGUCUGCACUUUAAAAUAAUGUGUACUGGACGUUACUUACUCGCUGGUUGUGUUAGCGAAAAGUUUAAAUAAAGCACGCUUUUUUCACGUUA